GUCUUCCAUUAAAUACGUCCUCAUUUAACCAUUGAUAGUGACAAAAUCUGUAUCCGAAAUAAGACACGCCCUGACGAACAUGACACGGUCUUAUAUAUAAAACUUUCAAUGUGCCAAACAUUAAAAAAAAAAAACCUUUAUUUGAGACUAGACACGAGUCACCUUUCAUGUAAUAAUCUUUAUGGUAACGCACGAAGGGACAUUUUAAGAAGUAAACAUGAUUAGUAAAUAUAUUGGACAACGAACGCACCCAGUGUCUGUGUCGGACACCAUUUACUUUGAUUGGUCCUUUACUUGUAACAGUGGUGCGGGCUCUGGGACCGAAACUCCAAGCUUGGUCGGCCAUUUUGGGGCAUUCCUUGUGCAUUCAGAAGAGGGAAGGGAUCCGUCUCGAUCCGAAAUGGAGGUGGUUUCAUUGUGGAGGUGACGUUUUCGUCCAAUCACAAGGCGGCUUUCAUUCCCCAAAGCGUUUCCGUCCUGCGCCUCGAAGUCGAAGGCCGCUUGAAAAACGCUCGAAUGGGUUCGCGGAGGACUUGAACGAAACAUUCUACGCUAUAUUUUGUGGCUUUCCUUCACUCGGUUAAAGCCCCCUUUCCACUCGUGGGCUCAUAAAGAUUUGCGCUCGGAGGUGAAGAAGACUUCGCAGGGUUGCCACCGUGUUCUGUGGAUAUUGGAGCCGUCGUCCCUCUGUCGUCUUCUUGUUGCUGUAGAUGGUGUUAACCAGCUAAAGCUAGCCUCGUUUGUGGUGGGCUGCUUGUGGCAACCAUGGUCCUCGCAAAUCUAUGCGGAUGUCUCGGUGACACUUCGUGCUGAAACGAACUCAACAAAUGGGAACAUCUAGCAUUGGCUGAACACACCGUGGCAUUGUUCAAAGGUUAUUUUCACCCUUUAAAAGGAAAUUCCCAAUUAGUGUCAACUCAUUCCUCUUCUCUCUGUCUUUGGCGCUGUCCCCCAACAAAUGUGCCGAUCCUGAUUCCCAUCUUAUAUCUGCGCAAAAUUCUAAAUGCUUUCAGAUGACACUUGAGGAAUCUCUGGACACCCGAAGAUUGUCUGGUGCUUCUCUUUUUGGAUUUUAGCUUUUUUUCUUCCUCCCACAACCAUGGAAUCGACGGUUGAUGAUGAUGCAAUGGCAGCGUGAAUGAAGCUUGGCGUGGGGAAAGCUGAACGAUGCCCAAAGGUGGGGGUUCUAAAGCCCCCCAGCUGGACCACUUUCCUCUUAACACCGACAUGGUGGAAAAGCAGGGUGGGAAGAAGGAAAAAGUGUCGUCAAACAAGACUCCCAAAUUGGACCGCAGUGAUGGGGUUAAAGAGAUGAAAGAGAAGGGAUCAAAAAGGAAACUGCCAUUCACAACUGGACCAAAUGGAGACCAGAAAGAUUCUGACUCUGAAAAACCAGGUCCAGAGCGGAAGCGCGUUAAAAAGGAGCCCACAAACACCCGGAAGGCAGGCUUGCCGUUUGGAAUGGGGAUGCCAGGCAUCCGGGCAGGGUACCCCCUUUCUGAGCGGCAGCAGGUGGCUCUGCUCAUGCAAAUGACUGCUGAGGAGUCCGUCAACAGUCCAGACACAACACCAAAGCACCAGUCACAGUCCAGUCUAGGUCAGAAGGGAACGCCAAACUCUGCAUCUAAAACCAAAGAUAAAGUGAAUAAAAGAAAUGAGCGAGGAGAGACUCGGCUGCACAGGGCAGCAAUUCGUGGUGAGGUACGCCGCAUUAAGGAACUCAUCAGCGAGGGAGCUGAUGUGAAUGUAAAAGACUUUGCAGGCUGGACUGCAUUGCAUGAGGCAUGCAACAGGGGAUAUUAUGAUGUGGCCAAGCAGCUGCUGGCAGCCGGAGCGGAGGUCAACACCAAGGGCCUCGAUGAUGACACCCCUCUCCAUGAUGCAUCCAACAAUGGACAUUUUAAGGUGGUUAAGCUACUUUUGCGUUAUGGAGGGGACCCACGUCAAAGCAACCGAAGAGGUGAAACGCCUUUAAAUGUUGCCAACUCUCCAACUAUGCUGAAUUUGUUGCUGGGGAAAGGCACAUACACCUCAAGUGAAGAAAGUUCAUCAGAAUCUUCAGAAGAGGAGGACGCCCCCUCAUGUGCCCCAUCAAGCUCUGUUGAUGGCAAUAAUACAGACUCAGAGUUUGAGAAGGGCUUGAAAUUAAAAGGGAAAACAUUAGACCCUCCUAAAUCUGCUGUCACACCCAUCAAAGAUGAAUAUGAAUUUGACGAAGAUGAUGAAGAGGAGCGAGUCCCUCCUGUAGAUGAUAAGCACCUCUUGAAGAAAGAGUUCCGUAAGGACACAGUCAGCAAAGCCAACAGCUUCAUCUCCAUUCCCAAGAUGGAGGUCAAAACCUAUUCCAAAAGCAACUCGCUUACACCAAAGAAAGCCGUAAGGCGGAUCAUCUCUGACAGUAACAGUUCAGAUGAGGAUGACAGGACGCUGUGUUUCACACAGACACCUAUGCCACGACAACAAGCCCUACAAACAAAUGCCAAGACGAGAGACUCUGGAAAUCUGAGUUCAAAACAACUAAAAGAUAAAAGUAAAGUCAAAAAGAAGAGGAAGAAGGAGAGCAAAAACAAUGUUGGCAAAGAAAUCAGGUUUGGUAAAGUCAAUGACAAAUUCUGUACGUCUGAUUCUGAUUGUGGCGAUAUGGAGAGUGAAGACGAUAAAGGCUCAAACAGCAUAAAGGACUCUUUAAUUGUGAAAGAAUCCACUGGCUUCAAUACGUCCUCCUCCUCACAUGGAAACUUGAACUCUCAGAAACAAGCACCAUCAUUAGCAGAACAACACCCAAAGCAGUGGAGAACUGACGGCUGGAAAACUGUGUCAUCUCCAACAUGGUCAGAUGUAAGUUCUUUAUCCGAUUCAGUGAGAACAAGACUGUCCAGUGAGUCUGACUAUUCCUCUGCGGAGUCUAGUGUUGAGUCGAUAAAACAAGUUAAGAGAAAAGGACAAGAGAGCAAAAAGAAGAAUAACAAUGUGCACAAUAACACAAUGGACAAGAAAAAUUCUGAUAUCUACAAAAAUGCCAAUGCAGAUUGUACAGCUUCAAAAACUGAUGUAGAUGGUAAAGUGCUCAAGAAGCAUAAGGUAAAGCACAAGCACAAAAGCAAAGAAAAAGAUAAGGCUCCUAGUCUUGUGCUUAAUCAAGACAUGAAUGAAAAAUUUGUAAAAAGCUAUUCAUUUGAUUUUGAUGAUUCAAGGCAAAAGUCUGUAAUUGUGGAGUUGGAAUCUCCAGCUGAAAGCAAGAUCAAAUUAUCAAAACAUGAGAAAGACCAUUCAAAAAAGGAAGAAAGGCUCUCAAAAAGUAAGUCUGAAGAAAAGGAUUGGUCAUCGGGCAAAGACUUGCAUAGAUCAGUGGAAAAGGAGAAAAAUAAGAAAACAAAGGACUCCACCAAGGAAAAAUCAAAUAAGGAAGAGCGAGAAAAGCCUAUAAAAUCUGACAAGGAUCGAAAUAUCAAGGAAAAACCCAAAGAGGAUAAACAAAAAACCCAUAAGGAGGAGAAGAAGAAAAAGUCCAAGGAGAAGUCAAGAGCAGACAGAAAAAUUGAGCAGAAAGAGGAAAAGCAUCUAAAGGUUGAUAAGGAGAAAAACACCAAGGAGGAGAAAUGUAAAAAAGACAAGGUUCUGAAGGAGGAGUCAGAGUAUGAAACCUAUGAUGUCAACAACCGAUUCCUCAACCUGGAUGAUACAAAGCUCAGUGCCUCAGAUGACCAUCAUGACAGAUGGGGCUCAGAGAUGUCCUCGGACUCUUCCCUCUAUGGAGAUGACAGUUGGGAUGCUCCUGUCAAAGAGUACAAGGAAUACAAAGCCAAUAAUUCUGUUAAACUUAUUGUUGAAACAGUAAAGGAAGAGACAAGAAGGAAAGAGCGAGUCAAAGACAAGAAGUCAGAUCAUACUGAGAAAAGACCUGAGAAAGAUGUCAUAUCAAAAAAGAAAGACAAAGAUUCUUCAGAAAAAACUAAUGAAAAGAAAAAAGACUGGUCCGAGAAACAAAAGGUAAACUCCAGUCACUUUGUUGAAAAAGAUAAGAAGCGUAAAGAAUCAACAGAAAUGGGUAAAGACAAGAAAGACAAAGAUUCUCUGGACAACAGCCGAGAUCGCAAAGACUCGUAUGACUUCAUGAAGGAGAGAAAAGACACAAAAGUAAAGCAAGAAUCAAAUAGAGAAGAAUAUGGCAAUGACAUGUUCUUGAAAGAAAUUGAUGCUGUUAGUAAAUCAUGUGAAAUUCGUGAAAGAAAUCAUUCUGGUAAGGAGAAGGAAAAGAAGUUUGAGGGAAUGGAAAAGCGAGAGAAAACAAAAGCUGAAAAGCACAAAGAGAAAAAAGAUAGAGCUGCAGAUCAAGAGAAGGACAAAAGUGACAAAACCUCAUCAGAAAAAAAUGCAAAGGAAAAGGAGAUUGAUCGGAUGACCAAAGACAAGAAAGAGGGCGUAAAAGACAAACACAAGGAGUCUCAUGGCAAAGACAAAGAUCGAAAGAUGUCAUCAGAACAGACCAAGGACAAGAAAGAAAAAGCCUCCCAAGACAGACAUAUUGACAGAGAGAAGGAUUUCUUGGAGCUCAAGAAAGAAGAAAGAAAGCCAGAGAAAAUCAGAGAGAAAACAUGGUACAAGAUUGCUGACAUUUUCACUGAUGAAAGUGAUGAUGAAGAUAGUUAUAAUAGCGUUGUUUCUCAUGUUUGUGACUCUAUCAGAAAAGACUCAACACCUGAUCAUGAUGAUCUGGAUCACUUUACAUCAGACAAAGUAAGGAAAUUGUCAUCAGAGACUAAACAUAAUGCAGAGAAGGCUAAAGACAAAGAAUAUAAAGAGAAGAAGAAAGAAAAGGCCACAUUUGACACAGGUAAAGAGAGGAAGGGCUCGCUUGAGAAACACAACAAAGACAAGAAAGAAUCUGUUGAUGUCAAACAUAAGGAAAGAAAAGACAGAAUGUCAGUAGACUCAAACCAAGAGAAAAAAAAUAAGCAGAAGUUUUUGGACAAAAGGGAUACAAGUGAGGAUAAAACAAAGAAUAAAUAUAAAGACAAGAUGGAUAAUCUGAAGGAAAGAAAACCAUCAAAAGGCAGUGGUGAGAACGAAAAGUCCCUCCUUGAAAAAUUAGAAGAAGAAGCUAUGAAUGACUACAAGGAUGACUCUAAUGACAAGAACAGUGAUAUUUCUUCGGACAGUUUUACUGACAGAGGUCAUGAACCCAUCCUCACAAAUUACUAUGACUCUAUCAGUCUUGUAGAAAUGUCUGACGACAGAAAGGACUCUCUUUCUAUAUCCACACCCCAGGAUAAGUUCAGAGAGAAAGAAAGGCAUCGACAUUCCUCUUCCUCAUCUAAGAAAAGCCAUGACAAAGAUAAGGAAAAGGUCAAGAAGGAGAAAGGAGAUAAACGUGACAAAACUGAAGAAAUCAGAGACAUGUAUAGUCGCAGGGAGAGCUUACCUUUUGAGAAAGAGCCAAUGCCUCUCGAGGCAGAUCCUUACACUUUCCCAUAUAGCAGUAAAGGAGACGGAGACGAUGAUUUUGAUAAGACAUUAGAAUUUGAAAAAGAGAUGUCCAAAAAGGAUAAAGCUCCUGCUGUCAUCAGUGAUAGAAUGAAGGACAAAAAGAAAAAGGAAAAACAUAAAGAUAAAUUAAAGGAGGAGAGGAACAAGCACAUUGAUGGCUUUGGCUCAUCAAAGCACUCCAAAGAAGAUAUGAAAUCAGGAUUAAAGGAUAGCCCUCAGGUCACAAUUCUGAAAGACCGAACAAAGGAAGAAAGCCCUAAAUUUGAUAUUAAAAAAGACAGAAAUCGGGAUGUUUUGGAAAAAGACAGACUCGAUCACACAAAGUCAAAAACUAAAGAUGAAAAUGAAAAGCUUAAUCAGUCCAAAGACACAGGACGGAAAGAUAACCGUCCACGUGAAAAACUAAUGGUGGAUGGAGAUUAUCAAAUUACUAGUUUUGGUCAGAUGUUGAGUCUGAAAGAUCAAGAAAUUGAAGAGCGUCAUAAAAGACACAAAGAAAGGAUGAAACAAAUGGAAAAGUUGAGACCCAAGACAGGCGACCCUAAACUUAAGGACAAAACCAAGUCCACUGAAGAAGUGAGGAAGAACCGUGGCGAGCUCUCUUCAAAGAAAUCAAGCAGCCUGGAGUCUGGUAUUAAAGAGAAGAAGCUGAAGGAUGUCGGUCUACCAGCUCAAAUGAUGUCCCCCAGUAGGAAGUUCCAGCCACCUACAGACACUCACAACUCAAAGGACUGGCUGCCUGGCCAUCAAAUGAAAGAGAACCUCCCAGCUUCUCCAAGGUCAGAGCAUAACAGACCAACUGGUGUCCCCACACCAACAUCUGUCAUCUCCUGCCCCAGUUAUGAGGAAGUAAUGCAGACUCCACGGACACCAUCUUGUAGUGCCGAAGAUUACCCCGAUAUUAUGCUUGAUGGGUUGGAUUGCCAGAACUCGUCAGCAAUGACUAUGUCUAUGAACGCAUGUUCACCAUCCUUCUUUGAAAGCAGGUAUUCCCAAGGUUUUCAGGAAGGCACUUGCCCGACUCCAGCAAAGAACCUCCAGUUGCCGCUGAUCAGCCGUUCUGCUUCGUCUGAUGUACGCAGGCCUCUAGAAGAAGAGUUCAAAAUUGAGACUGACAAGUUCCUUCGACAGCAUAGUGAUCCAUUGGGUGAAUUCGAUGCUGCAGCUGCUUCACAAACUCUAGAUGAGAAAUCUGGCUCUGUGGAUAGACUAGAGAUUGUGCCCUCGCCUUAUUUUUCUCCAAUUAGGUUGUUGUCACCUCAGCAGGAGGCAAAUCAUACAACAACAGAUCUGUCAACAACAACCCUCCCUUGCACAGAGAGUAAUAUACAUCUUUCUGAUAGUAUUUUCAAUAGUUACUUACCUAGGCCAUCUACGCCAGUUCACAGGCCAGAUCCACAAGAGCCGUGCUUUGACAUUGCUGCACCACCAACACCAGCUCCUGCAGCAUUGCCUCCACUUGACAUUGAUGACAUAUCUGAACCUCACCACAGUGAGCCUAACUUGGUCCUCUCAGAUCUGCCCUCUGUCAUAGAGGAAAGGGAUGAAGAAGAGGAAGAGGAAGGCGACGACCUUGAUUUAGAUGGAAGAACAGAUGAUGAUCAUUGUGCUGUGGAUGAGACACACCAUACACAGGAGCCCUCUUCAUUCUCCGCUCAAAUUGAGGACCCUUUGAGAAAGAGCUGGCAUGUUGAGUCACCAGAUCGGCAAGAUCCAGAGGUCCCCCAUUUCUCCACACCGCAUCCCGAAUCCAACCACGGAGAAAAUUGUUAUGAUCACAGCAUCAGUUGGAACCAUGAUGUGGACAUUAAAUCUCCCAAUCGAACAUAUGGGGAGAUAGAAGCUGCAGUAUCUAAAAUAACCAGUCCUUAUUCUCAUUCAGAUAAUGAUCUGCAGCACUUGACUGGACACCCGUCUGUGACUCCUCCAUAUGCCACCUGGAAUAGGUGGCACAAAGAAGUGGACCCUGAGGAUUUUGAUGAGCAAAAGGAGGCUGUGGCUGACAUUCCUUCUCCAGAAAGAUCUGAUACUGCUCUAGAUGAGGAACCCAGUUAUUUAAAUACUUCUUCAUCCUCCACAAGAUUGGAGUCUUUUUUCCAGGAUUGCAACAAAACUAACAUUGAAAUUACUCACCAGAUAGACACAGAGACUGCAUGUGUCGAGCCAGGUGGCAGGCAGAGCUCACGUAACUUCUGCCCUACCACUGACGGAGACCUGACUCAAGCUGUUGCUUCUGAGCCAGUUGUGCCCUGGGCAGAUCCAUUCUCUACUGAUGCAGAUGAGCUAGAUGACCUUGGACCAUUCUCCUUGCCUGAACUCCCUCUCCCAGAAAAGUCAGAAGAAGCUGAGCAUCGAGACUCAGAUUUUGCUGACCUUAACAAGAGUGUACAAGGUCACAUUGGACAUAGAACUACAGAUUUUGAUGACCCAGACUUAAUGCGAGUAGACCAUUCAGGUCUUGUGGAAACUACAUGCUCUAGUGAAGACCAAAGGCUAGGAAAACCCACUGGGCAAGACUUAGUUGUACCAUCAUCUCAUGACAACUUUCAGCAAGACUUGGACCCUGAGCCUCAGAGUGUUCCCGUCAGUAGCCCUCUGGCUUUUGCGCAGCAGAGCAUCAUGUUGGAGAAUAAAAUGCCGUAUGGACCCAUUGAUGAUUCUGACCCAGAUGUUUUGUAUUCAUCUGUGAAAUCUGAGACGAGCCAGCUACAGAGCAUCCAGAUUCAAACCAUACCUGAAUCUUUGCAGUUACCGCAAGACAUUGUUCCAGUUGACAAGUCAGAGGUUAGACAGGAGGACAUAUGUCAGUCCCGACCGGAAUCUUUAUCACCCGAUCCUGUUCCUCACCUUCCAGUGGCUGUUACCCCUCCUGGUUCAUUGGAGCAUUUAGACACUCAGGAGGCAACACAAAAGACAGUCCCAAUAUCCCACAUCACAGUGUCCACAGAUAUUCCCAAAAAGGUGGAUGAAAUUCCUCAAAGGAUGACACGCAACCGGGCCAAGAACAAUCCUGCUGCUGCCAUUCCUUCUCCUAGCAUAACGUCUUCGACAACUUCCCUGUCCGUGACCAUUAGUCCGGUCGUGACCAUUAAUGCUAUUCCGACGAGAACGCCAACUCCCAGUUCAGUAUUGGCCUUUUCAACAGUAAAGAAAGACAAAGACUCCUUGCUUACUAUCUCAUCUACUGCAUCCAAUUCAACACUGACACUAUCUGUACCAAGUUCUUUAAGUAGCUCGCCUACAGUGGUUCUGAGUAAAACAAGUAAAGGCCGUCCACUUCCCGUAGAGGAAGAUGAUUCUCAGACCCAGCACCCACGAAAAAGGAAGUUUCCACGUUCGACUGGGCAGCAGGUUCAAGUACAGCUUGUGAACACAGCCAUGCAACAGACACGGGAAAUGAUUCAGCAGACGUUGGCUGUAGUCGUCAAUGCAAUAAAGUUGGAUGACAUCGAGCCUUACCACAGUGACCGUUCCAACCCCUAUUUCGAGUAUCUGCAGAUUAGGAAGAAGAUUGAAGAAAAAAGGAAAAUAUUGUGCUACAUCACCCCACAGGCCCCACAGUGCUAUGCAGAGUAUGUGACCUACACUGGCUCAUAUCUUUUAGAUGGGAAGCCCCUCAGCAAGCUUCAUAUCCCUGUGAUUGCUCCACCACCAUCAUUGUCAGAGCCUCUGAAAGAGCUCUUCAGAAAACAGGAGGCAGUGCGAGGAAAGCUCCGGCUGCAGCACAGCAUAGAACGGGAGAAGCUCAUUGUCUCAUGUGAGCAGGAAGUGUUAAGAGUCCACUGCAGAGCUGCAAGGACAAUAGCGAACCAGGCUGUGCCAUUUAGUGCCUGCACCAUGCUUUUGGACUCUGAAGUGUACAAUAUGCCAUCAGAGAGCCAGGGUGAUGAGAACAAAUCUGUGAGAGAUCGCUUCAAUGCACGACAGUUCAUCUCCUGGAUUCAGGAUGUCGAUGACAAAUAUGACCGUAUGAAGACUUGCCUAUUGAUGCGGCAACAGCAUGAGGCAGCAGCCCUCAAUGCAGUGCAAAGGAUGGAAUGGCAGUUGAAGGUCCAAGAACUGGAUCCCGCUGGACAUAAGUCCCUAUGUGUCAACGAAGUGCCAUCCUUCUACGUUCCAAUGGUUGAUGUCAAUGACGACUUUGUCCUUCUGCCAGCGUGACACCGCUUGGCUCUGUGCUCGAGCUAACUUUGUCCAAAUCCCUUCUUCUCAGAGAGAAUUUGUUGAACAGAACAAAUGGAAAGGGCUAGAAAAUUUGAGAAGGGUCUUCAGACAAAAAAACAUAGCAAAGGUUCAGAGGAAGGGUGCAGAUAAAUAAAUUAAAAACAUGCUCUUAGUUCCCUUCCUUGAAGAAGGAAACUUGUUUUUACCAGGGGUAAAAAAAGAAAAAUCUCGCACUUUCAUUCUGAAAUGUUUUUACUCCUUUUUUUUUUAUCAGAGCAUAAAAAGCAGAACCCGUUUUUGCUUUCCAGCACUGACCCAAUGACUCCUUUGUGCUGCUGCUGCGGUGAGACAAGGGGACAGAAAUAUAUUUUCUGCAUUCAUUUUUUUUUUGGGGGGGGUGGCUUUUCUUCAUCAGACCCACCACUGGAGAGAUGUGUCAAAUAGGAUCUCUCCCAAACAGCAUGGUGCCUGUGCCCCAGGGCAGGAAACUGAAUAGGAUCCUCACCUGUGAGCACCAGGACCAAUUUUCAAUGCUUCCACAGAAGAUGUCAACAUCCUGUGGAUCUUGUGAGAAUCCACUGCAAAACGACUACAAGUGACAGACCAGGAAUCUAGAUGCAGAGGUGCUGACGGAUUUGGGCUGCGCACACUGUUAAAAUUGCACCAGGUUCAACGCAACAAUAUGGACAGGCCUGCAACGGCUUGGAAGACGACAGUGUGUGUGUGUGUGUGUGUGUGUGUGUGUGUGUGUG